AUGGUUAAGGAAUACUUCAAAUCGUUAUCAAAUACAUCCACAACAUCCAUGGAAUCGGGAAUAUUUGAUGUGGACAUAACAAGUGACGAUGAAUAUGAUUUGAGACAAAAAGUGCAUGUUGGUGAAAAAGUCAAAGAAAUUUUGAGUGAAGCACAAAAUGAAAAUCGCUUAAUUUGCGGAUGGAAAGAUACAAUCAAAUAUUUGAACGAGACGGAAAACCCAGAACACUCAUUGUUUUUCAUUCUUGUUCCAUCCAAUUCCGAUGAUAAGUUAUCACAUAUGCAAGAAGUCAUGACAAGAGCAUAUUGUCUUGAAAAUGAUAUUUAUGUCAUUCAAAUUGACAACAUUGAAAAGUUUAAUUCAAUUAUUGGAACUAAAUCUCAUCACACUUGUGCACUCAUUCAACGAUCAUCCACAAUCAAAAUUGAACAUCCAGAUGAUGAAAUUGAUCUUGAUGAAUUCUCAGAAUUAGAAAAUGACUUGAUUGACUACUGUGAAGACAACUGGUCAGCAAGAGUACAACCAAUCAUUAGAUUACCAGAAAAAUGA